AUUCCCGUAGUCAGAGUAGGGAAGCUGGCUAAUGUAGUUGCCUUGGGGUACAAUAUACCUCGCCGCAAGACUUUGGAAAGGCUUGAUAAACGUAAAUAAGAACUAUAAAUCUGCGUUUGUGGAUGCAUUGCAGGUAAACCUUGAUAAAGCUGUCGAUGAGGGACGCUUGGCAUCAGAACACUGUGAUCUGGGUUUGCUAACAGCUAACUAGCUCGCCUAUCCAGCGUUAGCUGCGUUUAGUCCUUUCACCAUUUUAUUGACAGCGGUGUUGAUAGCAGAUCAGGUAAAUUAGCUAAUUACUCGGACUGUUUUUUUGCGGUCGAAUAGCUUUGAGCAGGAAGAUACCACCUGUAACCAGGUAACGUUUGCGAUCUAGCAGGUUAGUAGCUAAUCGAUCCGGAAUAAUCCCAUUUAGACAGUGAAGCAUCAUGCUAGACACGAAGGAUGGGAAUUUAAGCUCAGGCACCAGGAUCUAAAGAAGAACUAGAGGAACCAACAGAGAGUAUUUUGGGGUUAGAGGGGUGACCACACAUCUGCACCCCAAACCGGGAACUCUAGAGGAUUACACUGCCCAGGACACACAGUGGAGGAAACGGAGUCCAAGAUGUCAGAGGCCAUCCUCACUUUCCAAGUGCAGCUGUCCGGAGUGAUGGAGACGGUGCUGAAGUCGGCCAUGUACGAGAUCACCAGGCUGGUGGAGGACAGCUUCCUGGAGGAAGUGGCCCGCAGCAAACAGGAAGUGGAGUCUCUGCGGCAGAGGCUGCAGUGGUGGGAGAGCCGGCGCAGAGAGCGAGAGGGUGGUGGGAGGGCGAGGUGUGCGGACUGCGGCCGCGCUGGAGUCCCCGGGGAGGGGGCGCACAUCACCACCCCCCCUGCGCCACCUGCUGAGGAGCUGAAGCAGGAGAGGGCUCUGGGAGGGGACUGGAGCAGCUGUCCGGGGGAAGCAUCAAAGCCAGGACCCCUGAAUGCCCUGGAGGAAGCAGCCACACCCAGCCCUGUCGGAGUGCCAGAGAUGCACACCGCAGCCCCCAUAGAUUUGGAAGGGGGAGAGUCUGACCCCCUGCUGAAGGAGGAGGAGCUUCAGGAGACCCGCAGCGGAGGUGAUGUGCAGGGGAAAUGGCUGCUGUGCUCAGACGGUGAGUUAUGGCAGCGUUUCUGCGGACCUGCAGAAUCCCGCGGUUUGAAGGCAGGCACCCGUCACAGGCCUGUCCUGGCGAGGCACUGUGGCCACCAAAGCACAUUUGAUUGGCCCCAUCUGACGCUGAAGGAGACAGUGCUGGGCCUUUCAGUAAGAGGCAGGACACAGCGCCCCCUGCAGGCCAGCGCCUCAUGGAGCAGCAGGGCAGGCAGAGAGCUGGGGAGACCUGUGGGUUUUACACGGCAGGAUCUCAGCACUGCGCCGGCAGCGGGGACCAUCUGGACUCGGAGGAUGACGUGA